GCGAAUAGAGCGUAGCCACCGAACGCGCACCGACAUGUUCACCGCUCAGCUUUUGCUUGUGCUCCUGGCAUUCUGCUCUGUCCGAUCGGCUGUGCCCAUCCGCCGAGACAAAAUCGCAGCAAGCAGCAGCAGCAGCAUGGAAAUAGAUGAGGUGAAGAAAAACAACCUGGUCAAUGUACUUUUGGCCAUACUGGACUGGGCGUCACCGUGGGCCGACGUGGACACCAUGAUGAACAACGAGGAUCCGGAGUUGCAGCACAGACCACAGAGAUCCAUGUACAACCCACACAUGGGACGGGAGAAGGGCAUGUGCAAAAACUUCUUCUGGAAGACCUUCUCCGCCUGCUAAGUCCCCUCCGCUCCCCUCCAGUACUCAUUAAAUGUACAGAGCCACCUACCGUUCCCCAACUGU